UUCUCUUUGUUGAGGGACUACUUCCUUCAUCUCAAGCUUCUCUCUCUUCUUCCUUCAUCAUCGCAGUCUCCGGGGGGCAGGCCCUACGAUCCCUCAGGCAAUGUUGUUCAAGCCGUCGAUUCCUCGCUUCCUGGUUGUUUCUUCGAUCCCGGUGGCUCUCCUCGCCGUUCUUCUCCUCCGGUCGUCGCUGAACCCGUUCGGACGAGUGAAGCUGUGGACUGUAGAAGAGCUGGCUAGAUACAAUGGGGCAGAUGAUAAGUUGCCAAUUCUUCUAGGAAUCCUUGGCUCUGUGUUUGACGUAACUGAAGGUAGAACUCAUUAUGGCGUAGGUGGAGGUUACCAUCACUUUGCAGGCAGAGAUGCGUCGCGUGCCUUUGUUUCUGGAAAUUUUACAGAUGAUGGUUUAACAGACUCUUUGCGUGGUUUGUCUAUCUCGGAGAUCAAAAGUGUAGUUGAUUGGCGAGAUUUUUACUUCAAAAGAUACAAAUAUGUAGGUAAACUUAUUGGCCGAUACUACAACAAUCAGGGAACCCCAACCCAACUGCUAAAAGGAGUUGAAGCGAAGGCUGCUAGAGGUGCCCAACUUUUAGAAAAACAGAAGAUUGAAGAAGCUAAGAGACCAAAUUGCAAUUCUAGAUGGAGCCAGGAAGAUGGAGGGCAGGUUUGGUGUGAUGAUGGCUAUCCAAGAUUAGUUCAAAGGCCUGGAGAUAUUGCCUUAACAGGAAAAAUAAGUCAGAGGUGUGCAUGCUUCAAGGAAGAUGAGCUUGACCAGCCAGGGUUGGAGGUUUAUGCAGGAUGUGACCCGUCAUCAAAGGUCUGUGUAGUAUGAAUACCGAGUCUUGAGAGUUGCUGGACACUUUUUACGUGGAGUCGUCCUUCCAUACUUGACAUGUUCAAUCAGUAGCACAGGGUCUAAAGUUGGUUUAUUUGACUUUGGAACCAAAGAAAUUAGCCUAACUAGCUAAUGCAAACUUGAUUCAACCCGAUGUGUUAAAGAACUUAUUUGUGAAAUUUCUUUAAGGAGCUGCUAUAUGUUACGGAUUUUUUUGAUGUGAUGGCCGAUGGGGUUUACUUGGGGAUAGUUACAUCCCGUGAUGUCUGUUGUACACUGGAGCAUAAUGAGAUUGACUUGGAACCUUCUGAAGUAA